AUGGUAUACGAAUUUACACAGGAAGAUUAUGAAAAACGAUAUACCACAUCGUUAAGAAAUCUGUUUACGCGGACAGCAAAACAUUAUGAUGGUGGUUAUCUGAAUAUCCUAUCAUUCUUUGUAAAUAUUUGCCAGUGUUUACGUAAAAAUGAUACCCAUUUAUAUUGCCCAAAUCCAUGCCGUAAACCAGAUGUCUGUGAUGUCAGUAUUAAUAGUAAUGGUUUAUGUCUUAUCCUACCGAGUACUGAACCACUGAAGGUAAUUCCAUCAAAUAUACGUUCUACUUAUGCCUGUGAUUAUGAAUGUGUAUGUAUCGACGGGUAUGUGUUUAACAACACACUGAAAAAGUGUAUUCCCAUAGAAAAACAAUGUGAUUCUUCUUUUUGUUUUAAUGAUGGAAUAUGUGAAUAUAUACCUGAAGACCAACGGAUUAUUCAAGAAAUUCAAUUCAGUUGUAAAUGUCCACCAACCUGGAAGGGACUGUCUUGUAGCGAACCAAGGAACCCAUGUUUAGAAACGCAAGGAUUAUGCGGUCAACAUUAUUGUUAUCGUGAUCCAAGUAAUGUUAAAGUUGGUUAUCGUUGUGCAUGUCCACCUGGUUUUAAACCGCUCAGUUCAACACAGCCCCAAUGUGUUAAUAUGAAUGAAUGUGUUGAGUAUCCGGAUGAGGCAUGUUUAAACGUUGGUCGGUGUAUUGAUAAAGAUCCUUCAUUGUCAGCUAUUGGUAUUGAUAUGACUGAAGAGAAUUUAGGAUAUACAUGUCAAUGUCGACAUGGUUAUUCUGGUUCACGAUGUGAGCGUAGAGCUCCCCCGUUAGAAUGGACAACAUGGUCUGCAUGGACAACAUGUUCAGUAAAAUGUGGUCUUGGUAUACAUAAACGUUUCUGUACAUGUCCAUUACCAAAUCGCUGUAUUGGAUCGUAUAUACAAACUAGUCGAUGUCAAGGUCCAAUCGCUUAUUGUCAAGAUGAAUACGAUGAAGAAAUGCCGGAGCCAACACAAUCUGGAUCAAAGAUACUGAAAAGUUGGGGGUAUUGGCUGACAUCUUGGCGAUGA